AUGCCUAAGCUGCUUGGGACGGCGGAAUCGUCUGACAUAAAGACGCCAUCGCUCAUCGUCACCAGUGGUAUGUUGGCAAAAGACCCGUUCCCUGCCAUGUUCUCUCUUGCGACCUGCAAAGCCGGGCAGCAUAGCCUGGUCCACUCACUGCACAAAGAAUACGAAUCCAAGGGUGUGCAUUGUGCUUUGGUUGUCGUGGGUGGAACCGUGGAUGAGAAGAUGUCUGUCACGAACCCAAGAAAUAUCGCUGGGGAGAUUUUCGAGUUGUUUGGACGACCUCAGGGGAAGGGUCAGUUGGAGCUGGUCUUGAUGGAUCCGGAAUACCAGAAGCAUAUUCAGAGAAGAGAGCAAGGAGGAAAGUGA